AUGGCUACAAUGGCCAUUGGGCCUCGUCGAGCUUGGAACAUUGGCAGAUGGGCCAACGUUCGCUCGGUGUCCACGUUGCAAGGCCACCCCUACAUAUAUACAUUUCCCGACAGUGCACGACCUGGCCAUCACGUUUUGUCUUUGCUAUCAUCUGAACCUCCCAAAGCAGAACUUGCCAUUGGCACUACAUCAAAACUUCCCCCUACCCCCGACUCCUUCACGGAGAACUCGAAAUUUCUUCAAAUCUUACAAGAGGUGGUCUCCGAGUAUGCCACCGAAGACCCCGAAGUGAAAUCCCAAGCCCAAGUCAUGAUCUCUACAGCCGGCGCCAACUUGGGGUCUGGCGGAGUCUUUUUUGCUCAAAACCGCAAACCACACCGGCCUAGAUAUGGGGGCGGUGGUGGCACUGGCGGAGAUUCCGCUGGUGGUGCGAGUGGUCAAGGUGGUGCUGGAUCGGGCGGCAGAGGAGGUUGGAUCCAUGUAUCUGACAGCCGAAGACCGCCCGAGUAUGGAAGGAUUGCCUGGCCUGAAGAUAUUUUUGGGAGUGUGGAAGUUGACAGCAACGGCGAGUUUGUCGGCGAGAAAGGAAACUACCAAUCAAGUGGCACAUAUCGGAUAAUUACCCGAGACGGAAUACUUGGAUUGAGUCCUUUUCUGAGAGAAAAACUCGUCCAACGACUCCGGAAGCAGUAG